UACUCUUGCUGGUCCAACCUCGCGCCCAUCGACUACUCCUCUACCCGCAAGAUGGUCGCACUGCCUCACAGUCCUCACAUGAGGCGAGGUGGUGGAAUAAACCCACCGCCUGAGGUGUUACUGUCGUGGCCAGCUCCCAACUAUGCCAACCCCGUAACACACGACUGGUCUGGAGCUAUCGUUCUCAUCGUUUUGCUGUCGCUCACCAUCGGCGUAUUCGGAGCACGACUGUGUGCUCGCCUUCUGAUAUCGAAGAAUGCCGGCUUGGACGACAUACUCAUCUCAGCGGCUAUGCUUCCUCUCAUUGGGCUGACAAUCGCGGCUGUUCUAGGAAUCAGGAUAUACGGAUUUCAGUGGCAUGCUUGGGAUCAAACUGCCACCACGUAUAUCACGACGCGCGAAAUCACGCUCUCAAUCGAGUUAUUGUACAUGGGCGCAACAGCCCUCACCAAGAUCUCCAUUCUCUGCUUCUAUCGCAGAAUGUCCAGUGGUUCCAUCAGCCGAGUGUUCAUCUAUGGAGUCUGGGGAUUGAUCCUUUCAGUCGUCGCCUACUUCAUAGUCUUCGCGUUCGUCAUCAUCUUCACAUGCACACCGGUCGAGGGAUUCUGGCGAUAUUACGACCUCGUCUGGAGAACACAAAAUGAGAUGCACUGUCACGACGAGGGUGUCAUCAUCGUCACGAUCGUGGUGAUCAGUACUUUGCAGGACUUUAUCAUUUGCGCUCUGCCUGCUGUACUUGUAUGGAAUUUGCAAAUUCCUAAGCGGCAAAAAAUGGCGCUGGUUGCUCUUUUCGGAGCGGGCGUGCUUACCUGCAUCUGCGGUAUCAUGAGAACUUACUACGCCAUCUACGUAUACUUCUUCACCUACGACAUUACCUGGUACGCGUACUACGGAUGGGUAUGGACAGCAAUCGAGUCAGAUCUCGGUGUUAUCUGCGCCUGCGCGCCAGCGAUGAAGGUCUUCUUCCUCCGUUACUUCCAAUACACUACCCAGAGCGGCUCUAAGGGUACCCGAAACUCUACGAAACCCAAGACGCUAUCCAGCAUGGGCUGUUUCAAAAAACCAUACGGGCAGCUUAGUGGCCAAUAUUCGGCUGGAGUGACUACCAUCGGAUCACAUGGAGAGAGCAAGAAGGAUAGUUUGCAUUGUCAAGGGAUACCUUUGGAUCGGAUUCAGGUCAGAAGUCACACUGAUAUCAGGGUGGAUGAGUUUGGAGGGCGAUCGAGUAUGGAUAGUCAGUCGAGUACGCGCAUAUUGAGGGCACCGCCUCUGUCGCCGACAUUCUCGGAAGAGCCUCCGGUGAACUGGGUGGGGAGUCGGACAACUUGCAAGCGAUCUUCGAACAGUCAAGGAGAUCCAGACAUGGAGAGAAUGACAGGUGCAAUCGCACGAUGA